AUGUCUGCUAAACUACAACAGAAUCGCAGAUCAGAACAAAUCCAUUUAACCGAACUAGGUGAUAUUUCUUCAUCUAUUGGUAAUCGUCCAGUGGCAACACAUCGAACUAGACGAACAGUAAAACCUGAUAGUCGUAAAUUUACAAUAUGUGGCCUAGCAACACUUUCUUCGAUUUGUGUUCUUGUUAUUUUGGGCAUUGUAUCAGCAUUGCCGUGUACAAUGUUAGCUCUGGGCAUAAAAUAUCGUGAUGAAUGCCCAAUUGAACAUAAAAUACCAUUGUAUUUGAUUGUGCAUGGAAGUAUUGCAUUAAUUCAUAUUGUAUUAGGUAUAUCAAUGUUUUUUACUGUGUUGGCAAGCAACAUCAUCAGAUAUAUCCAACAUUUAAUAUCUCAAACGUUAAGCCUAUUUAUUUUUAUCUGGUUAAUUAUUGGUUCUGUAUGGUUAUUCAGUGUUAAGUCAAAAGUACAAUAUAAUCAAAAAAUAAUCUAUAAUAUUUACGAGGGAAAUAGUUGGUGGAUGGCAAAUUCGAGAUAUUGUAAUGAAACAUUGUAUAAAUUCACAAUGGCUAUGUUAAUUCUUGGCUUCAUUUCCAAUGCACUGGCAUGUUGCUCGUCAUGUAUGCGGUUUAGAUCAUCAACAUAA